AUGAAAGCAGAGGGUGGCAAAACACCCACUGAAAUCACUCCGUCUCCGCGUUCUGGGGUUGAAGAUUCAAUCGAGAGUCUCAUGAGCCAAGACAUCGAGCCCAUCACUAGAAGCGAUCAGUUGCGACCCCGGGACCACUGUUUACAACGAGAUGGCUACAAAUGUCUUGCAACGGGGUUUUACAGUUACCCGGACCCCCAUCCACCGAACGCAAUAACGACCCAUCUUGAAGCGGCCCACAUCAUUCCAUUUGCACUUGGAGACUUUGACGCCAAUAACCGCGACUCAGUGGACAAACAUUCGACGAUUUGGGUCAACCUAAACCGCUAUUUCCCAGUUCUUCGCAAUAUGUCCUUCACCUCAGAACAGAUCGAUGAGGAAAAUUGA